GUGAGGCGGCGCUGCUGUGUAGCUGCCGAGUCACCUCUGUGCUGACGGAGGCGAGGAAGAAGCCGCUAGAAUGCAGCACAAGACCGCCUUCCCACAACCACACACUUAAGCCACUUUUUUACAUCCUUUUUCAUCGAUACCGACCGGUUCAAAGUAGGUUUUUAUGUCAACAAUGAUGGAAGAAAUGGACAGGUUCCAGGUUCCUCACGUCAACGGAGAGACGCAACCUUUGGAUCCAGCAGCUUCCUCAAACUCGGAAACCGACCCUGAUGCCAAAGCAGAAACGGUGGCCAUAAACUACAAGCCAUCACCACUGCAAGUCCAGAUAGAGAAACAGAGAGAUCUUGCCAGGAAGGGCUCAGUGAAGAAUGGCAAUGUGGGUAGUCCUGUCAAUCAACAACCUAAGAAGAACGCUCGGACAAGGUUGGUGGUGCCAAAUAAAGGCUACUCCUCUCUCGACCAGAGCCCGGAUGAGAAGCCCCUCGUAGCACUGGACACCGACAGUGAUGAUGACUUCGACAUGUCCAGGUACUCGUCAUCAGGAUACUCCUCAGCCGAGGUGAGAUGUCUGAGGGACCAGCAAAUCAACCAGGACCUCAACAUCCAGCUCCUGAAGGACGGCUACCGCCUGGACGAGAUCCCCGAUGACGAAGACCUGGAUCUGAUCCCCCCUAAGGCCGUCAACCCCACCUGCAUGUGCUGCCAAGCCGCCCCCUCCACAGCGUGUCACAUCCAGUAGCCUCCUCUUCCCCUUCACAAACAUCAUAUAGAACAUCUUCUUUCCGGAACCUUUUCAGUUGAGUGACUGCAAAGAGAAGUGGGGAAACUGUUGAGGUGGAAGAACUCCAUUGUCAGGUAGGGAACACCUUGGGGAGAACCAGUGGGUGUUGUGCACCUUCCUCCUAUGGUUGGACCUGUGUACCUGACAUCUCAAGUGAUGGUACCAACAUAAGCCUGAAGUGUUUGUUUUUCUCACCAUUUUUAUGAAGAACAAAUAGUAAGUACGGGCAAGGAAUAGCAGACCAGGUACGGUGAAAAAGGAAUACUAUUUCAUUGGCUUCUGGUUUAUUGAUUGGGAAGUGUGCUAGUUCUCUUAGCGUUGUCUUCCUGUGUAUAUAUGUCUGACAUGAACAUGAUGUUUAUGUGCUAUACCCAGAGAAGUAGGGCUGAGUCAUCAAACUAACGAUACAACACUAAUGCAGGGGUGUCCAAACUACGGACCAAGUUGGGCUUGUUAGACGUUAUGAGUUUCCAAAUUAAUUUUUAACAUCUGGCACUAUCAUUACUAAUAAUUCAGCCCCCAUCUUGUGGACAACAUGAAUAAAUCAGGUCCAUGACCAUGAACUAAGCGUUGAAUUGAAUACAGCACGGCAUAUACUUGUAUGACCUUUGCCAAACAACCUUCCCUGGUCAUAGCGCAUACAAAAAAACCCCCAAAAAAUUAACACACAAAGUCAACACACAUGGUCACACAUAACACAACCUGCUCACUUGACCAUGUAUUAAGCGUUGAAUUAAAUACAGCACGGCAUAUACUUGUAUGACCCUUGCCAAUCAACCUUCCCUGGUCAUAGCGCAAACAAAAAAAAGCCCAAAAAAUUAACACACAAAGUCAACACACAUGGUCACACAUAACACAACCUGCUCACUUGACCAUGUAUUAAGCGUUGAAUUAAAUACAGCACGGCAUAUACUUGUAUGACCCUUGCCAAACAACCUUCCAUGGUCAUGGUGCAAACCACAAAA